AUGGAAAUCGGGGAAUGUCCCGUCACCGAGCUGCUCCCGGGCACGGGCCAGGGGUUCCUCCGGAGACACAGCCCCGAAGACAAGACCAAGUACCGCUUCCUGUGCUUCAAACUCGAGGAGACCGGCGCCGUCAACGAGGGGAUCCUGCUCCUGUGCAUGCUGAACGCUACCUCGCUGCACAACGAGCUCGCCAAGCGCCUGCUACACUUCUACCCGCGACUCAUUAACGACAUCUACAUGGCCGACGAAUACUUUGGCGAGAACGUGCUGCACAUCGCCAUCGUGAACGAGGACCCGGCCAUGGUCAAGUUCCUCCUCAACAAGGGUGUCGACGUGCACGAGAGGUGCUUCGGCAACUUUAUGUGCCCCGAGGACCAGAAGAGCUCCAGGGCCGAUGUUCUGGGCACAGAGAUUGUCCAAGUGUCCGCCAACACCAACUAUAAAGGGUACGUUUAUUGGGGAGAGUACCCGCUGUCGUUCGCCGCCUGCCUGGGUCAGGAGGAGUGCUACCGGCUCAUACUCGCCAGGGGUGCCGAUCCGGACACUCAGGAUACUAACGGAAACACCACCAUUCACAUGAUGGUCAUCUACGACAAAAUGUCGAUGUUUGACCUGGUGUACGAGUGCGGAGCCCGGAUCGACCUGGUGAACCGGCUCGGACUGACGCCUCUCACCCUGGCCGCCAAACUCGCCAAAAAGGACAUCUUCUUUCACAUCCUCAAAGUACAGCGAGAAAUCUACUGGCAAAUAGGGAACAUCACGUGCGCAGCCUAUCCGCUCCCCGGACUGGAUUCGAUCGACAUGAAGACGGGAAAAAUCGACAGAAACUCGGCACUCAACCUCAUCGCGUUCGGGGAAAAUAUGGACCAUUUGGACAUGUUGGACGGAGUAAUCGUCGACCUCCUUGUUGCGAAAUGGAACGCCUUUGUCAAACUCAAGUUCAAGAGGAUGAUGAUUCUCUUCACGAUCUACUUUCUGCUCAACUUGGCGUGCUUCACCCUGCGCCCCGCGCCGUGCGGAACUGCCCUGGCCACCAAGAAGGUCCCCAAAACCACCUCGGGAGGCACACAGACUGACCUGUCGGGGCCGCUGUCCGCCCUCUCCCCGGGAAUAACCGGGGCACCACCAUCAGUGACCGGCGCUGGACCAGCCAGGGCGCCGUCUUUACCCUCCAAUGUCACGGCCAUUCCCGGCCCGUCGACCGAAGGCCCCAGCACAGACGCACCUGAGGCAAACGGUCCCACCAGCGGCACGGCAGACGCGGCUGUGGGGCCGGACCGGGUGCGGAGACAGGCGGACGGUCAGACCUCUGACACAGAGGGUGUCACGGAGGGUGUCGCGGCGGGCAGAGGUGGGUCAGAGACCGGUGGAUCCCAGGAACGGGUGACGAAGACGGCAGAGUCCAACGAUGCUGGCAAUGUGACGUCUUCAUCAUCGUCAGUUCCUGCGAAUGAUCCGUCUUCAGAUACAACUGCGUCACCCUCAUCACCAUCGGAGAGUCCAACAUCGUCUACUAGUUCCACCACUAGCAAGACUCCCUCCUCACCAAACACCAGACAGAUAUCCAAACCAGCUGCACCUGGGUCUGGCCGACCCCUCAACCAAACUUCACCACCAACCUCAGCUCCUGAAGUCUCAAAGACGGCCAGCGAUACCUCAGGCGCGUGCAGCUGCACCCUUUAUGAGUACCGGGACCCGUGGGACGGGGUGCGCUGGACCCUCGAGCUGCUCGUGGUGGCUGGAACGGUGGCCUACGUCCUCAACGCGCUGAACGAGGCACGGUUUCUCGGACUCAGCAUGUUCAUGGAGAACCUGGCCACGGUGCCGUCCCGGGUCAUCUUCCUGCUGUCGUGUCUGCUGAAACUGGCCAUGGUGGUGCUGCGGCUGGCCUGCCUGAGCGCCGCGGAGGACGUACUCGCCGUGCUCGUGAUGCUCGGCACGGCGCCCUACUUCCUCUUCUUCUGCCGUGGAUACAAAUCGGUCGGCCCGUUCGUCACCAUGAUCUACAAGAUGAUAGUCGGUGACCUGCUCCGCUUCGUCACCAUUUAUACCGUCUUCGUCAUGGGAUUUUCACAAGCGUAUUUUAUCAUCUACCGGUCGUAUCAGCACCCGGACGGAGCGCCCAAUCCGAUGAAGACGCCCAUUCAGAGUGUGAUGCUCAUGUUCCUCGCGUCGCUCAACAGCUUCGGAGACCUCUACAACAACCUCAAGUACACCAGACAGAAGCUUGUGGGCCAGAUUCUGUUUAUAUUAUACAUGGUAUGCGUGGCGAUCCUCCUGAUCAACAUGUUGAUCGCCAUGAUGGGAAACACCUAUCAAAGAAUCGCCGAAAUGAAAAACGAGUGGAUGAGGCAGUGGGCCCGCAUUGUACUGGUGGUGGAGAGGGGUGUCAGCCCCACCUACCGCCUGGAGCACCUCAACCUCUACUCUAAGCCGAUGGCGGACGGCACGCCGGCCCUGAUCCUGCGCAAACAACAGUCGGACGAAGAGAUGGAAGAAAUGAAGGAGAUUGCCGAAAUGAGAAUUCGUCACGACAGAAACGUCAAACGGCGAAAGCAGAAGCUGCUCGCCGAACAGAAUCCAGGGAUGCCGAUUCCCCAAGACUCUACAACCAGUGUCCGUCACCCUUGAAUUGCGCUUUAGCCUGCACAGAUACAGAUAAAAGCGUAGGAUAACUGCACACCGUUUAAUGUUAGCGAGAACGAGCAAAUUAUGACAACACUUAACCGUUACCAUCACGCGUAUCUGAUCACCUUUUCCUUCGUUUUUUCCUUUGUGAUGUAGAACAUGAUGCACUUCUAUUCUUGGUAGCCACCCUGAUAGCAAAGUGAAUAAAUAAAGACGUAGGUUCGCUACGAUUUUCGUGCCGACUUUGGCCUCCAGAAGAACACAUCGGCCGGUGUGGUGACGCUCCUCGGUUCUGAGAACUCCAGCCGCAGCUGAAAGGUGGACUCCUUACUCGACUGGCUCAUGUCUCGGUCGAGCUUUUCGUAGCCGUCACAGAGAAAGCCCCAGUUGGCCUUCCACUGACCCGCGCCCCGCCACUCCAUUCGAAUGAGGUCCACGUGGUUGCGGUCCUGGCCGACGUAAUCGACUUCCUUCUUCUGGUCUGUCAUGUUUUUACUGUGAUAUUUUAACGAAACGAUCGUUUACUUGCAGCUAUGCAAAAGGACACACUCAGUGAAUCUUGGUUAUGAAGCUUGGCGCAGAGUUUAUGAUCUUGGCAGAUGUUUAGAAGUUCUUUG